CUCUUUCUGCCAGCCUCCUUCACUGAGCAGCGCUUUCCAGUCUUCUUUCUCUGUCCAGUCUGGCUCAGCUUGGGUCACAGCCUCUAAUCAGGGAUGCCAUGCCUGGAUUUUGGUGUCAGUGAUGGAAAACCCUGUAAAUGCUUCCUGGCUGCCCCAGCAGGAGCUGGAAGGCGCGUGGAGGAAGGACCUGAACAGCACCGAGGACUACCUGACCUACCUGUGUGGACCGAGGCGCAGCCACCUAUUCCUGCCCAUGACUGCGGUGUAUGUGCUGAUUUUUGUGGUGGGAAUUGCGGGCAAUCUCCUAGUGUGCCUGGUGAUUCUUCGGGACCAGAUGAUGAAGACACCAACCAACUACUACCUGUUUAGCCUGGCUGUCUCAGACCUCCUGCUCCUGCUCCUGGGAAUGCCCCUGGAAGUCUAUGAGAUGUGGCACAACUACCCCUUCCUCUUUGGACCUGUGGGCUGCUACUUCAAGACUGCCCUCUUCGAGACUGUGUGCUUCGCCUCCAUCCUCAGCGUCACCACCGUCAGCGUGGAGCGCUAUGUGGCCAUCCUCUACCCCUUCCGUGCCAAGCUGGAGAGCACCAAGAAGCGGGCCCUCUGGAUCCUGGCAAGUGUCUGGGGGUUCUCCAUUGUCUUCUCUCUGCCCAACACGAGCGUCCAUGGUAUCAAGCUCCACUACUUCCCCAAUGGGUCCUUGGUCCCUGGCUCUGACACCUGUACGGUCAUCAAGCCCAUGUGGAUCUACAACUUCAUCAUCCAGGUCACCUCCUUGCUCUUCUACAUCCUCCCUAUGACCCUCAUCAGUGUCCUCUACUACCUCAUGGGGCUCCGACUGAAGAAAGAUGAGUCCCUUGAGAUAGACGAAGUGACUGCAAAUAUUCAGAGACCCUCCAGAAAAUCGGUAAACAAGAUGCUGUUUGUCCUGGUCUUAGUGUUUGCCGUUUGUUGGAUGCCAUUCCACAUUGAUCGACUCUUCUUCAGCUUUGUGGAGGAGUGGACUGAACCUCUUCUCAGCAUGUCCUGUCUAAUCCCCUGUGUUCCAGGUGUAUUCUUCUACCUGAGCUCUGCUGUCAACCCUAUCAUCUAUAACCUACUGUCUCGCCGCUUCCGGGCAGCGUUCCGGAAUGUGAUCUCUCCUCCCUGCAGAAGCUGCGGCUCCCAGGACCACUCACGAGGGCCCCCUGCCCAGCGGACCAUCUUCCUCACCGAACGCCACCUGGUGGAGCUCACUGAAGAGCCAGGUCCCCAGCUUCCCUGCCAGUCAUCCGUCUGCAACUCUCCCCUGUCCACAGCCCUCUGCACGGAGCAGACCCCGUGGAAGAGGCCAUCGUCUUUCCUAGGACUAAAUUCCUCACUGCCUCCUGCCUCCUCUCUAGCUCAUGAAGCCAAUGUGCCUGGCAAGGCACAGGGCCUAUAGGGAGGGCAGUUUCCCCUCUAAGAAGAUUUGGGCUGGGUCACCUGCACUCUGAGUCAGGCUGUCACUCUGACAACCGGUGGCCACUGUGAGCCCCAGGAGGAAGACACAUCGGUGCUGGUCUGCUCUUUAUGAUUUGAGAAGUCCAUGUCAGCACUCCUCUGUAGCCAUCUAUUUGCCCUACUGGCCCAUAUAACACAGCAUGACUUCGUACAGUGUCCUGAAGCCUUUUAUCUUAAGAGCUCCCCUGAUAACAUGGAAAUGCUCCUUAGAAUUAUUGUCCCCACAACUCCAGUCUCCAUUGUUAGUAGCAGUCACUAUUCAUCAGAAACCAGAUCAGAUAUAAAUUAAACUUAGAGAAGAAAAGAGAGAGGAAGUUGAGAUGGUAAGUUGAAUGAGAUAUAAAUUACACCAAACAAACACUUGGCCAUUUUCAUAGUUAGAUCCAGACCUGGUUUUCUAACACCUUAUUUCCUAUGUGGACAGAAGAGUGGUCUGUUGUCUUGGACGAAAGACAACUGAAAUGGCAACUACUGGUCUGAAACUGCUGACUUUGCCUACCCAGUCCUUUAUCUAUCACCUAUAUAAUGUUCUGCAUGUAUAUAAUAUGAGCAAAAUCUACUUCUCAGAUUCAUCUGCCAUUAUAUCAUCCCAAGUAAGGUGUAUUCUAUUCAACUACAUCUACUUGUUCCUCUUACAAAGAUACAGUCCAUAGCUCUCCCUACCUGUAUACCUCAGCACACAGAAUGCCUUGUUUACGUCCAAUUCCCAUCUGUUUGUAUCCAACCAAUCUUGCAGUGUUCUUCUCCACGUGGUAUCUCCUCCAUUCAGACAGGCCUGGUUUAUUCCAAUAAUUAUCUUGACAAUUUUUUUCUCUUAAGCUUUCCUCCGCUUCCCUUUCUGUUUCAGUGAUUUAUAUUCUUGCUUUUCCAGAAUGUAAAUUUUUUGCAAAGGCAGGAGGAAGAUCAUGUUUAUUCAUUUGUUUGCUUAUUUGUUACUGGAACCUUGGCAUGCAUUGAUCACAGUUUGAAAAGUUCAAUAAAUAAGUGGGGAAGCAAGUUAGUGUCACAUUCCAAUGAAUAAAGUAAACAACAGUUCUGGAUAGAACCAUCUCUAGAGCCAAAAGACGAACAAUAUGUUUCCAUUAGGGAUA